GGGGGUUCGUUCCGGGGGUUAUGGGAGGGUUUUGGUGUCAGGGACGGAGGUCGGUCGCUUUGUGUGGCCGCUGCUGGAGCCAGGCUCGGUGGUGGGGCCGGACGGUGAAGGAUGCGGAGCAGGUUCUCAGGCCCGGCUGGAGUGGGCUCGGCGGUGCGGAGCGGGGACUGAGGCGGCUCGGGACAUGGAAGCGCCUGAGCGGGGCCCGGGGUCCCGCCGCGCAGCCGCCCCGGCGGCCGGGGAGCAGCAACCCUUUCCAGCGCGCGCAGGAGGACGAGUGGCGGCGGCGGAACAAGACUGUGCUCACCUACGUGGCCGCGGCCGCCGUGGGCAUGCUGGGGGCCUCCUACGCCGCCGUGCCCCUCUAUCGGCUCUACUGCCAGACUACUGGACUGGGAGGAUCAGCAGUGGCCGGACACUCCUCAGACCAGAUUGAAAACAUGGUGCCUGUUAAGGAUCGAAUCAUUAAGGUUACAUUCAAUGCCGAUGUGCACGCCAGUCUCCAGUGGAACUUCAGACCUCAGCAAACGGAGAUAUAUGUGGUACCAGGAGAAACUGCACUGGCUUUUUAUAAAGCUAAGAAUCCUACUGACAAACCAGUAAUUGGAAUUUCUACAUAUAAUGUUGUACCAUUUGAAGCUGGACAGUAUUUCAAUAAAAUACAGUGCUUCUGUUUUGAAGAACAAAGGCUUAAUCCACAAGAAGAAGUAGAUAUGCCAGUGUUUUUCUACAUUGAUCCUGAAUUUGCAGAAGAUCCAAGGAUGGUGAAUGUUGAUCUCAUCACUCUUUCUUAUACUUUUUUUGAAGCAAAGGAAGGGCACAAGUUGCCAGUUCCAGGCUAUAAUUGAAGUAGCUUCCAAGACCUGCUUCAGAUUUGUGAUUUUUGGAAAAUCAUGUAUUGUGCUUUCUCAGAAGAGAAAUAUUCUACAGUAAUGUAUAGUGAAACCUUGCAUUUUAAAUGGUUCUGUGUCUUUCUUCCCAACUUCAUCUAUCCCAUUUAAGACUGAGAGGAUAGGUUCCAAACUCAGUCCGUAAUGAAAAGAUGCUGCUGUUUUGUGAUGAUAUUUAAGGGCAGGAAAUGGACAUUGCUCUGUGUUAAGUAAUAGAGGAGGAAUGUUAUUCACCAAGCCUAUGAAGAAUAUUUGACUGUCUUAUGUCCCACAUGUGUGACUAUUAAAAACUGCCUAAGGGGCCAGGGAGAUGACUCAGUGGAUUAAAUUGCUUGCCCCAUAGGCCUGACAACUUGAGUUCUGGUUCCUGGAACCAGCAUUAAAGUGAAUGCAGUAGUUCACAUCUGUAAUCCCAGAGUCCUUACAGUGAGCUGGGAGGUUGAGUCAGUAGAAUCUCCUUGCCUUUAUAUGCAUGCUGUGGCUACCCACACGCAUACACACAUAAACUGCUUUAGUAGUCCAGUUUAAUUCUAUAGGUGCCUUCUAAAGUAUCAGUCCUUCAUGCUUUGAACAAUGUAUCUGAAAACUUAGAAAAAGAAAGUAUGUGCAGGUGGCUUGUUUUAGAUCAUAGAACUUAUCACCAAACAA